ACAUCAUCAUACCGACUGUUUUAUUAUAUCUGCUUCCUGUUCUUCCUGUUCCCUGGGUGCUUGUUGUGGCUGGGUUUUUUGUGGUGUUUAUUAUGUGGAAGACAGUGAAAUGUUAAGCAGAACUUAUAAAGGGAGAAGUGUUUGAGAGCAAGGAUGCACUUUUGGUUGUGUGCUGUGUUGCUUAUGGCAGCUGUGAUCCUCAGCUGUUCCUUAUCAGCCACCAAGACAUUGUGGGAAGACUGGAAAAAUCAAUAUGGCAAAAUUUAUGACAAUCAGACUGAGCUGAUCUUCAGGAGAACAGUGUGGGAGAAAAAUCUGCUCAUGUUGCUGAGACACAACCAGGAGGCUUCAGCAGGAAAACAAAGCUUUGUUCUGGGACUGAACCACCUAGCUGACAUGACAGCAGAGGAGAUAAAUAACAGGCUAAAUGGUUUGAAGGUGGAAGAAGCUCUUGGAAUCGAGAACAACACCUUUAAGAAAGUGAAUUACUCAUCGCUUCCAAAAAGUGUUGAUUGGAGGAAACACGGCCUGGUUGGUCCUGUCAGAAAUCAGGGGUUAUGUGGUUCAUGCUGGGCCUUCAGCUCUUUAGGGGCUCUUGAGGGGCAGAUGAAGAAGCGAACAGGCGACCUUGUUAUGCUGAGUCCACAGAACCUCGUGGACUGCGGCACUCAGGAGGGAAACCUCGGCUGCAGAGGAGGAUACAUCACCAAGGCCUUUAGCUACAUCAUCCACAACAAAGGUGUCGAUUCCGAGCGCUCGUACCCCUACGAACACCAGAAUGGAAAAUGCCGCUACACGCUGCAAGGCAGGGCUGCCUACUGCUCAAACUUUCACAUCCUUCCACGGGGAGAUGAGUUGGCUCUGCAGGCUGCAGUUGCAUCAGUUGGACCAGUUGCUGUGGCUGUGAACGCCAUGCUGCCCUCCUUCCAUUCUUACAGAGGAGGUUUAUACAAUGUGCCUGACUGUAACCCAAAGUUGAUCAAUCAUGCCGUCCUGGUCGUGGGUUACGGCACAGACGGAGGACAGGACUACUGGCUGGUGAAAAACAGCUGGGGAACAGAAUGGGGAGAAGGAGGCUUUAUCCGUAUUGCAAGGAACAAGAAAAACCUCUGUGGCAUUGCAACGUUAGCAGUCUACCCCACGCUGUGACAUCAACUUAGAUUUAUUUAGGUUUCAUCUUACUUCUUUGUUUGUUUUUAUAAUUGCACACUGUUAUUUCAGAGCACUACAGAAUUAACUGGGUGUACUAAAGAUACACUGUUGGUUUAAGAAGCUCUAACCUGCCGAAAUAAUAAAGUAUUCUGAAGGA